AAAAGAGGCAGUAGAAAAGUUGCAGGGGUCAGUAUAUAAAAAACAGAGCUUCUCCCCCAACUCCCACUCCCACUCCAGUCACUUCGUUACUAGACAGUCGGAAACUUGCCUCCCCCAAUCCAAUUCAAACGCAGGAAAGACUCAAACUUUGAUUUCAAAAAGUUUAUCCAAAUAUGAGUACCAUGAAGUUUUGCCGUGAAUGCAACAACAUUCUUUACCCGAAGGAAGACAAAGAACAGAAGAUUCUGCUCUAUGCUUGCCGCAACUGUGAUCACCAGGAGGUAGCAGAUAAUAACUGCGUGUACAGAAAUGAAAUCCACCAUAGUGUAGGAGAGCAAACCCAAAUCUUGCAGGAUGUAUCUGCUGAUCCAACCCUUCCACGCACCAAAUCUGUGCGUUGUGCUAAGUGUGGCCAUGCAGAGGCUGUUUUCUUCCAGGCAACUGCACGUGGUGAGGAGGGUAUGACUCUGUUCUUUGUUUGCUGUAAUACGAACUGCGGUCACAAAUGGAGAGAAUGAUGGUCCUGCACAAGUUUUAACAUCCAAGAGCGGCUGACAUUUCGUAACACUUAGCAUUUUAUUCCCCGUACCUAUUUGGAUACAGUGCCGGCAGUUCAAAUUUGAACGUCGUCCCUGUGUUUCCCAUCUCCUAGUUUUGUAUGGAUUCUCCGACUUAAACACUUAGCCGUAGUGACCUACUGGAAAGAAGCCUAUUUUGUUCAAGGAAAAAUUUGGUGGUCUGCGAAAGGCAUUGAACCUGUCACAACGCAUGUCAUUCUUCCAGUCUUAACAUAUUCAAGUGCGUAAGAUAAUUUACCAAUGGCAAAAAAGCCAGAAAACAAGAACAAAUCUGAAUAUUGCGGCUUUUUCAGUUCUCGAUUUCAUUCAGUGAGCCUAUUGUGUGUAUUAAAAUAGGAAAAUUCCAAAAUAAGUGUUGUUUUUUUUAAUUCAAAUGCACUUUUGUCCAAAAUUUUCAAACGUACCAAAUAGUACUCCCUUCGGUUUUUAUUAUAAGUUAUUUUGAUUUGUCAUAGAUUUUACUUAUAAGUUAUUUUGAUUUGUCAUAGAUUUCACUUA